AUGGACUCUCCCCAGCAAUCCCCUCAGCUUUCUCCAACCAGCCCUACAAGAUCAAGACCCUCAUCUAGAGGCUCCCAUCUCACUCUUGAUCUUUCAAGUCUCCCCCCACUUACCCAGCCUGCCGUCCCCACCAACACUCUCCUCAUCACCAAUCUAGUAAACCCUGAAACCUUCAACCCCAUGCACCUUCAGCAGCUCCGUGAAAUCAUUGACUCCUCCGCCCCCGUCGUCUACUGGUCACCCCUCAAGUCCUUCCGCCGUAUCGUAUGCUCCUUCUCCAGCACCGAGGAUGCAAUCACUGUACGCCAGGCUCUUGAUGGCGAGGCAAUCAUGGGUGAUCGUACCCGUGUCUACUUCGGCGAACACACACCCAUCCAGCCCGUUGACCAGCACCUCCAGGCGCCGGAGAGCAAGAAGCUCUUCUUCAUCUCCCCGCCACCUUCCCCGCCACACGGAUGGGAGAUCAAGAAUGAGGAACCACCAAAUGCGACCAUCGUUGCAGAGGACCUGGCCCACGCACUUGCAAAGUUGAACUGCAAUACCAAGCCGUAUCAGAAAGACAGCGACGAGACCGGGCCGAGUCCCGGGGGGUUCAGGAGGCCGAGAAGCGCGAGCUCGGUAGUAUUGUUCGAGCCUGAGGAGCAGGAGGAUGGAAAGUCAAUGCCAGCUAUCUCAGUAGACGACUACACAGAUUCGGGCGAUGAGAGGUCGCCAGUUGAGAUCAAUGCACCGACUAAUGUUUUCCACACUCAGAGACCUCCGGUUGAGCUUAUUCAAGAUGCUUAG